AUGGCCCAGCAACCUUCACAGAACCUAUUGACUGGUGCCAAGAUGGUCCAGGAGUUCUUCGGCGAUGAGAUUCUAGAGGGCAUCCGAGCUCAAUCCCGUGACGACCUUCCGGCCAAAGUAAGCGCCGAAUACAUUGCGGAAGUUUGCUUCUCGGCCUACGCCCGUCCAGGCCUCGUCUUUCGAGAGCGCUCGCUCAUGAACAUUGCCAUGCUGAUUGCUCUCGGACGGGGUCCCGAGCUUCGUCUCCACAUCCGCGCAGCGCUGUACAAUGGCCUGACGGAGGAGCAAAUUUGCGAAGCGUGUCGCCAUGCCAUGAUUUACUGCGGUGUGCCGGCGGGGAGAGAUGCGCUGCUGGUGGCGAGUGAUGUGUUUGACGAGGUCAAGAAGAGCAAGACCAAGGACUCUAAACUGGCGUAA